CCUAAACCUGAGACGAUGGCUUCAGAUGGAGCAUCUUCAUUGCCGGGACUGGAUAUGACCAAGAAACCUGGUGCCACCCUGUCUACUUUCACUGCAGUUCCCUUUCCCCCACCUACACCUGGCCCCCCAGACCAACCACCCUGGGAGCCACCUCCACAGCCACCCUUGCCUUCAGCAUUCUCUCCAGGCAACCCUGUGGUGCUCUCUGCUUUCCCCAGCCCACUGCUGGUGACAGGGGAUGGGGGCCCUUGCCCCAGUGGGGCUGGAGCUGGCAAGGUCAUUGUCAAAGUCAAGACAGAAGGGGAGCCAGCUGAGCCCUCUCAAACUCAGAACUUUAUCCUUACUCAGACCGGCCUCAAUUGGAUUGCCUCGGGUGCUCCCUGCGGGGGCCUUGAGGGUCCUCCACCUCAAUUCAUGACAGCCUCCAAUGUGAAGACCAUUCUGCCCACUAAGGCUGCUGGCGUGAGCCAGGAGGGCCCCCCAGGCCUUCCUCCUCAGGCUCCACCACCAGUUGCCCAACUGGCUCCCAUUGUGCCCCCAGAAAAGGCUUGGCCAGGGCCACAUGGGACCACCAGGGAAGGCUGUCCUGCGGCCACCCAAUCCGAGCCCUCACUGGGUGACCUCUCCUAUACUUCCAAGGGUGUUUAUGAGAACUUCCGUCGCUGGCAACGUUACAAAGCCUUGGCCCGGAGGCAUUUUUCCCAAAGUCCUGAUGCAGAAGCUCUUUCCUGUUUUCUUAUCCCUGUGCUUCGUUCCCUGGCCCGACUGAAACCCACCAUGACCCUGGAGGAGGGACUGCCAAGGGCCGUGCAGGAGUGGGAACGCACCAGCAACUUCGACCGGAUGACCUUUUAUGAGAUGGCAGAAAAGUUCAUGGAGUUUGAGGCUGAGGAGGAGAUGCAGAUUCAGAAAGCACAGCUGAUGAAUGGGCCUCAGGGCCUGUCUCCUGCAGCCUCUUUGAAACUUGAUCCUCCAGGGCCCCUGGCCUCCGAGGUGUGCCAGCAGCCAGUGUACAUUCCAAAGAAGGCAGCCUCCAAGGCACGGGCCCCCCGCCGGCGUCAGCGCAAACCCCAGAGGCCUCCAGUUCCUGAGGCACCCAAGGAGAUCCCACCAGAAGUUGUGAAGGAGUAUGCUGACAUCAUGGAAGGGCUGGUGGGGAGUCACCUGGCCACUGGGGAGUCAGAUGAAAAGCAGGAAGAGGAAGAGCAGCAGCAGGAGGAGGAAGAGAUGUAUCCAGAUCCAAGUCUCCUAAGCUACAUCGAUGAGCUGUGUUCUCAGGAGAUCUUUGUCUCCAAGGUGGAGGCCGUCAUUCACCCUCAAUUUCUGUCAGAUCUGCUGUCCCCAGAACAACAGAGGGAUCCCUUGGCCUUAAUAGAGGAGCUGGAACAAGAAGAAGCACUUACUGUUGCCCAGCUGGUCCAGAAGCGACUCCUGGCCUCAGAAGAGGAGGAGGAUGUGGAGGCGCCUCCCAGUUGCAGUGGAGCUCAGUCAGACUCAAGUCCUUCUGUUUCUGAUGAGGAUGAAGAUGGGGGUGGGUGGCUUCGGCCUUCACCUGGGCCUCGGGGCACUGGGGGCACUGUUCGCCUUGGAAAGGCUGCUCCUCCAGGAAAGCGGGCAAGAGAAGUGCACAGUGGGCGGGAGCGAGCCCUAGAUGGCUUGAGGGGGUUGCCCAGGGAUGGGAACAUUCUGCCACCCCCAAGGAGCUGGGACCUGCAGUUAGAAGUUGCAGCUCCACAGGGAACUCUAGGACCCUUGGGUAUGGAGACAAGAGGGUCUGGGAAGGUUAUAAACCAGGUAUCUCUAAAUCAGGAUGGCCACCUGGGGGGUGCUGCGUCCCCUGAGCACUGCCUGGGGGCUGGCCCCUCUCUCAGCCCAGGACUUUGGCUGAGCAAUGAGAUGGAUGCUGUAGGCCUGGAAUUGCCCGUACAAAUCGAAGAGGUCAUAGAGAGCUUCCGAGAUGGGGAAUGUGUAACUGAGCCCCAGGGAGGCUGCCAGGCACUGGGUUCCAGAAGUAACAUUUCUCUGGGUCCCGGAGAAACCACAGUCCCUGGGGAUGUGGGGAGCAGUGUGAGUCCCUGUGGAAGCACAGAUGCCACAGCUGCCCUAGAAAAGAGAAACUACUGCAGCUUGCCAGGACCCGUCAGGGGGAAUAGCCUGGCCUUGAGGCCCAAAGAAAAUAGAGAACAGACCCCUGAGACCUUACGGGAUCCCAGUGAUCUGUGGGCUGAAGGUCGCUCCCCAUUGCUGGAAAGGAGAAUUGGUGCCUCCACACUGGGGUCUUCCAAAGAAACCCUCCUGCCCAUAAGCCAAGGGAGUCUCCUUAUCUUGGGGACUCCGCAUGCCUCCUCCUUCCCUGAGGCCAGCCAAGGGGCAGGAAGCAGAGGCACCUCCUUUGCUCCUCUGUUGGUAACCACAGAAGACACCAACACACUAGGUGUUAGAGAUGACUAUGGCCUCCAAGUAGGGGUCAGUGAGGAUACUGAUCUUUCCAAGCCUAAAGACCAUGCUCCUUUACAAGAGAGUCAAGAGUCUUAUGCACUUGGAACCCCCAAAUCAACAUCUCACCAGGACCUUGGAAGUACUUCCUCUAUAAGGGGAACUAGGGAUGCCUUAGUUCUGAGAGAAAACCCCUCUGUUAGUGAAACAUGUAGCUCAGCAGAUGGGGCCAAAGAAAAGGAGAAGGAGGAGGAGGAGGAGGGUGAGGAUGAGCAACUCUCCAACUUUGCCUACCUCUUGGCAUCUAAACUUAGCCUGUCGUCAAAGGGGCUUUCUCUCAGUCCCCGCCAUGCCUCAGGAGGUCGGGGCAUCCAGAAAACAUCCCACCUCCUCUGUGCUGAGGCCAGAGGCCUCAGCCAACCUCCGUAUCCUGUUGCCAAGUCUGGGAAGCGAGCUCUAGUUGGAGGUCCAGCCCCAGCUGAAAAGAGACCCCACUCAGGAGCUCAACUUGGGGUCCCUGGUGAGAAACCCCUGGCUUUGGGGGUGGUUCGACCCUCACAGCCCCGUAAAAGGCGGCGUGAUAGUUUUGUCACGGGCAGAAAGAAGAAACGUCGUCGUAGCCAGUAG